CCUUGAGAUGAAUACACCAUUUUCUUCAACCUUUCCUGAUGCUUGAUAUUUGGUUUCUGUGCAUCUUAGAUAUCUAUGUGCAAUAACUUGAAUAUACAUAUAUUCAUUAACCCCAUAAAGGGUUGACUAAUGUUAUAACAUACGACGUUUUAGCACUAAACAUUCAAAAUGCCUUUGUUGUGAGCUACUAUAAAAUAUUAAAUCAAUUUUAUCUUGUUCCGUUAUACCUUCUGCAUGAAUAAUACAUAAAGUCGUCGUGAAAAACUAUUUGUUAAGGGGUUAUGUUCCUGUUCUGCAUUACCCUAUGAAUUUACUACCCACAUUUAAGUGAAUUCCUGUUUAAAAAAAGUAAUAAAAUGUUAACUUAGUAAGAUAAAUCAUUUUAAAUAAAUUUCAAACUUGAUAUCCCUAUCUGACCUAAACAUUCUGUCACUCGAUCACGUUACGUCACGUCUCAGCUGUUGGCGGAUCGGCUGUUACAAACCACCCCUCCGCCCGAACCCCAACGCCGUUCGGGAUUUUCGGCCAUGUGAACCCGGGCGGUAAUAUCCCGCAAAUGUCCGAAGUGGUUCGGAUCCAUGGGAAACAAAACUGACGUGGCAAAAUAACACUGAUACAAAGUGGCAGUUUCUAUGAACAUCAACUCGAUUAGACUCUAAUUCGGCUGGCUUCUGCCACAAUUUUUUGAAUUAUUUCAUUACUGUAUGUCGAUGAGACGUUAGUUUGGUUAGUUUUGCAUUAGAGCAGGGGAAAGGUUUGAGCCCUUGGAACUUACUUGUGUAAACUGUAUGACCCUAAGGCUGGAAGACCUCUGGAUUAGAGUAUUGUAAAUCUUAAGAAUAGCCGGUGUCUGCUCCUUGACAAACCUGCAAAUUUUCAGAGAAAAACGAAUUAAGCUCGUUCUGUAUGAAAAUGUCAUCCGCAUGGAAGGUGCUUCAAUUUUACGAUAUUUUGAGUCCCUUUAAUGUCUAAAUAGCUGCAUAGGUGUAGAUAAAAUCUUGGAAUUUGAGAUGUGAGUCGACUGCAUUGUGAGAGCGAGUCCUUCAAAAUGGAUUUAAUCUUGGAUAUCAAUUCCUGGUUGUACCCUAUGGAAUUAGGUGACAAGUUUCGUCUGGUUCUCGCUACCACACUAAGGGAAGAUGGUUAUCCGGACAGCGGUGAUUGGAAUCCUCAGGGGUUGGAAACCGAAGGCUCCCGGGCUGAUAGUUUUGAAUACGUGAUGUCCGGAAAAGUUUAUCGCAUUGAAGGAGACGAAGCGAGUUUGGAGCCAUCAAGCAGGCUGUGCGCUGGGUGCUUGCUACACAGAGGAAAUUCAUAUGGCAUACAUGCAAUGUUUGUAAAUAUUAUCAUUGUGCUCGAAAUAUGUUUUGUGAUUGAGUCUGUUAUUCACUGCACAUCGUGUUUUGGUAGCAGUCUGCGUUAUUUUUUGCUAAGUUACCUUUGCUCGGUGCACUGCACAUAUCGGACACCUAAUUAAUUGUAAUCCCAUUAAUAAUUGUUGAAAUUCAAUACUUUUUUUUAUAAUUUUUAAAUAUAAUAUAUUUUUAAAAAUUUCUUGGUUAACUAUGUUAUUUAUAUAUUUAUUUAUUCAUUAUGAACUUUCAAAAAGUAUAACUAAAGCCAUCUAUAAUUUAAUAUAGAGUGGACUAUAACGGAUUGUACAUUUUAAACUUAAAACAUAGCUUUUCUUUCUUUGUACAUUAGAUUUAGUAUGGUGUAUUUCGUUUACUUUUUUCCUAUUUAUUUAUAAUAACAUUGAUAAUGUCCUGGAUAAAACUUG